UUUCAUAACACUCUUUAUACUGUCCGAUUUAUCAGCUAAUUCUGACACACUCAACCAUAGUAAAGGAAUCCAAACUAGAGUGCUGUCUUCAGUUGGGCGAAAAUCAAAAGUUGUUGUAAAAUUUUCAAAUACAAGAAAAUUAACUCGAUUGAGGAUUAUAAAAUGCUGUGGCCACCGAAACUGCAGCACUUCUACACUAUUAAAAACUACUGAAAGUCUAAAAACGGUUGAAGAAAAAUCUACAGAUCAACCAACAACAAAUACACCUGCUACUUCAGAAGGAACCACACACUUUGAAGAGUCGACCACACUUGAAGAUGUAACAACUUUUAUUAUUUCGACAGAAUUGACUACACCUCUAACAAAUGAUAUGAUAGUGGAUGAGAGCACAAGCACAUCUUCAUCUGCCACGACUACCCUGACAACUUUAACCACGACAGAUACUACCCCAAUAUCUUCAAUCGCGACAGAAAUUAUCUCAAUCACUUCAACCACGACCACAACUACCCCAAUAACGUCAACCACGACUUCAACUAUCCCAACAACUUCAACUACCCCAACAACUUCAACUACCCCAACAACUUCUACUACCCCAACAACUUCUACUACCCCAACAACUUCAACGACUACAACCACAAGCACUACUUCAACAACGACGAGUACAACAACUACCACUAUAACGACCACAACGCCUUGUCCAAAUUUUAAUAUAUUUAAUAUUUCAAUGGUUUAUACUACUUGGGAAAGUGCCCGAUUGGAUUGUAACAGAAUUGGAAUGGACCUGGCCGUUAUUGAUUCUCAGUCAAAAGAAAAUUGUUUUUCUGCUUACUUGAAAAAUCAAAGUCGAUUUCAGGACACGUUUUGGAUUGGCCUUAGUUCCAUUGGGCAGAGUUCAUUUAAGUGGGUGAAUAAAAACAAUCUGUCAUAUGUGCAGUGGGAAAAUGGAUAUCCGACCUCCUUAGCAAAGCAGUUCUGCGUCUCGUCGUCGGGUGGCAAGUGGAAAAAUCAAUUGUGCACCGACAUCAACUUUUUUGCUUGCGAACCGUCAAAAAAUAUAUCCAGCCCAGCAGCCUCAAUAGGCUGUCCAGCAACUUCUUCGCGUUAUUCGCUUACUCAAGACAAAAAAUCUUGGGCUGCAGCACGAUUGGAGUGUGGAAAAAGUGGAAUGGAUCUUGCAACUGCGGAAACACCAGAGGAAGACAAGUGCAUUCGCUCAUUCAUAUAUAAUACAGGCCUGGAACCGCAGUAUGUGUGGAUGUCUUUGAAUUGCAUAAAUGAGACGUAUUACGACCAUUGGGCCAACGGAGCAAAUGUAACUUAUCGGACGUGGGGUCCAGGGGAACCCGCACAACUUCCACUAGAAAGAUGUCUAAUUUACUUCAAAAACGCAUGGUAUGACUUGAUUUGUACGUAUGCAACCUACUAUGUGUGCGAAGGGUCCACAAUCUGAAGAAUCUUAAAGAAGAGUAACGAUUUAAAAAAAUAGAUUCGAGGGCAAAGGAUAAAUUUAAAUCAAGUAAUAAUGAA